AUGGAGGAGCUGACUCCAGCUGAAGUAGCAUCCCUCCCCAAAGGCACCGUCAUCUCCCGCCUUCGCUUCAUUCCCAAGACGGAUGGCAUGAGGCCGAUCACACGAGUCAUUGGAGAAGAUCCCAAAACGAGGGUGGAUGUGAGUGGAGCCUAUGAGAGCCUGCCACAUGACAAACUCAUAGAGGUGAUUGGCCAGGCUCUGUCACCCGUCCAGGAUGAGCUCGUCACUAUCCGCCGCUAUGCCAAGAUCUGGGCAGAUUCUCACGAAGGCCUGAAAAGGACCUUUGUUAGACAGGUACAGUCAUACCCGCAAAUAUGCACAUAUGUGUGCUCACGUUGUUUAACCGAGUUUACAUUUUUGUCAACACAGGCAGAUUUCCUGGAGGAUAACAUUGAAUCCACCAACAUGAAGGGGUUUCUGGUUUCACUGCAGAGAAGAGGCAAAGUUCAUCACGCCAUCCUGGUAGAGCAGCUUUUCUGCUCAGACAUUCAGGGCAACGAGGCCUUGCAGUUCUUUACCCAAAUGCUAACUGGCAGCGUUGUGAAGUAUGGGAAGAAGACAUACCGUCAGUGUCGAGGGAUUCCUCAAGGAUCGGUUGUGUCCAGUCUGCUCUGCUGUCUGUGCUACGGUCACAUGGAGAAUGUGCUGUUCAAAGACACUCAGAAGAAAGGGUGUUUGAUGAGACUCAUAGACGACUUCCUUCUGAUCACACCUGACCUGAAUGAAGCACAAACCUUUCUCAAGGUUUUGAUGGCUGGAGUACCACAGUACGGCCUGGUGGUCAACCCGCAAAAGGUGGUGGUCAACUUUGAAGCGUCAGAAAGCCUUGGAUCUUGUCCUGACAUCCGUGUGCUGCCCCCUCACUGCCCCUUCCCCUGGUGUGGACUGCUGCUGGACACCCAUUCGCUGGACGUCUACAAAGAUUAUUCCAGCUAUGCAGGUGUUUCCCUGCGCUACAGCCUAACUUUGGGCUCUUUCCACUCAGCUGGACAACAAAUGAGGAGGAAAUUAAUGGGUGUCCUCAGGCUCAAGUGCCAUGCCCUUUUCUUGGACCUGAAGAUCAAUUCUGUUCAGACGAUCUACAAGAACAUCUACAAGCUGGUGCUGCUACAUGCGUGCAGGUUCCAUGUGUGUGCACAGAGUUUGCCCUUUGGUCAGACGGUUGCUAAGAACCCUGCCUACUUCCUGCAGAUGAUAUGGGACAUGGUGCAGUAUGCCAACAAGUUCAUCAGGCUCAGCAACAAAGGACUGAGUUUAGGUGAUAAAGCCCAGACGGGCAUUCUACAAUAUGAAGCAGUGGAGCUGCUUUUCUGUCUGUCCUUCCUGCUGGUGCUGUCUCGCCACCAUUGUCUUUAUAAAGCUCUGCUCCCACACCUGCACAAACGGAAGCGAAGUCUGGAGCGGCGUCUCGGGGAUCUGAGGCUGGCCAGGGUCCGACAGGCCACUAACCCCAGAAUCCCAGUUGACUUCUUGGCCAUCCAGACAUAAAACUACCAGCUAGCACUAUUUCAGUUCCCAACACAACCAAAGAACACUGUUACGAACUGAAAGGUAAGUUCUCAUCAUCUCAAUAAGACGGCUGGUUUUCUCAUGACGACGAGAUGCACAUACGGCGCCUUGGCAAAUGCAACAACUGAUUUAAGCUGAAAAUGUCUGAUCAAGGAGUACAAUGUGAUCAGUGCAUUGGACGGGUCUUCGUUCAGAGUCUAACAAAUAUGAAAACGAACACACAUGACACAGGGCCAGCUUGGCUGCAGCCUGACAGGCCAGUGCAUUCUGCUACGACUGAGGACGGUGGGGACUUUGAUCUCGAAGGCUAAAAUCAGGUGUGAUCAAAUGAACUAUAAAUUAUCUCAUUAUCUUGAGAAGCCUUGUGUUUUAUUAAGACAGCGACAUAAAUGUAGUUAUCACAAAAUUAGCUUUAUCUGAGCUUUGUUCACAUUAUAAAUAAAAUAUCUGCAAAUACUG